CGGGGCCGGCCGCUCGCCCGUUUGCGCCGCUUCUUGACGGCGCCGACUGAGGCGUCUCCGGCCCCCGCCCGCCAUGGCGCCCACCCGCAGCCUGAGGAGGACGGAGGCCGCCUCGGACAGCCAGAGCGGCCACAGCCCGGCUCCUGCAGCAGGCGACGUGGACCCCUCGCCGCCGGCCCGUGACAGGACACCUUCUGCUGAUACAGACUUUGUUGCCCUGUGUGAUGCUUUACGGGUAACAGACAAUGUCAGAGCCACUGCGUGGAAGUCGUAUGAAAAAAUGUUACGUACGUGCGGAAUUAUAGAAGGCCACUUUAAAAAAGAAUUAUGGGGGAUCUGUAUUUUUGCAGCAGCAGCUGACUUGGAUGAGAUGACAUUCACUUUUACAGAACUUCUGAAAUGUCUGAGUAUUAGUGUGUGUAAAUUUGUUCAUCUGGUUGAAGAAAUGGAUGACAGCAUGGACACAAUUAGUACUAAAGUGGGUAGCAUUGUAUCACGCCUGAAGACCAAAUACGAUGUAUUGGUUGCACUAUACCAGAAGUUUGAAAGGACUUGUGGACAGAUCUAUGUUGACCCUCCUAGUGAUCAAAGUUCUUUGGAACCAAGUUCUUCAUGUGUUCUGAAAUUAUGCUGGAUCACAUUCCUUUUGGCAAAAGGAAAAGUGUUACAGAUGGAAGAUGAUCUGGUCAUCCCCUUCCAGCUACUGCUUUGUGUUCUUGAGUAUUUUAUCAAGCUGUCGCCUCCUGCAGUACUCAAGGAACCCUACAAAUCUACCGUGAGUGCAUUGUCUGCUAAUGGCUCAACUCGCACUUACACACGAAGUCAGAACAGAAGUAUACGUGCAUCAAAACAAACAGAUACAGAUACAAAAGUUAUUGAGGAACUUUGUAAAGAACAUGAUUGUAAUUUGGAAGAGGUGAAAAAUAUUUACUUCAAGAACUUUAUUCCAUUCUUGAGUUCUGUGGACAUUACACCUUUCCAUGGACUUCCAGAGGUUGAGAAUAUAUCAAGCAAAUAUGAAGAAAUGUAUCUGAAAAACAAGGAUAUUGAUGCCAGAUUAUUUCUGGAGAAAGAUGAAACUUUACAGAAUCACACAGAAUGUUUGCAGUUAGAGAGAACACCAACAAAAAAUAACCCGGAUGAUGAUCCUCCAGGUGUACUUCCACAGACCCCUAUCCGGGCUGCGAUGAAUACUAUUCAGCAAUUAAUGAUGACUUUAAACUCUGCAAGUGACAAGCCAUCAGACAACCUUCUCUCCUAUUUUAAUAACUGCACAGCGAAUCCUAUGCAAGACAUACUGGAAAGACUAGAAAAUCUUGGUUGUGUCUUCAAAGAGAAAUUUGCUGAAGCAGUUGGGCAAGGAUGUAUUGAAAUUGGAUCACAGAGAUACAGACUUGGCGUACGGUUGUACUACAGAGUUAUGGAAUCUAUCUUAAAAUCGGAAGAAAAACGACUGUCAAUUCACAAUUUUAGCAAACUUUUGAACAACAGCAUCUUCCAUGUCUCUUUGCUGGCCUGCGCUCUUGAAGUUGUUAUGGCUACAUAUGGGACCCCAAGGAGUGCCUCAUUAAAUGACCGCAUGAUUGUGGAAACAGACUUGUCUUUCCCAUGGAUUAUCAACGUACUUGACUUAAAGGCUUUUGAUUUAUACAAGGUUAUUGAAAGCUUUAUUAAAGCAGAGCCAAACCUCACAAGAGAAAUGAUAAAACACCUAGAAUGCUGCGAACACCGUAUAUUGGAAUCCCUUGCUUGGCAAUCAGACUCACCAUUAUUUGAACUUAUAAAGCAGUCAAAGGAACGAGAUGGACAAGCUGAACAGCUUGAACCUGCUAGCUGUCUUACCCAGCCUCCACAGCAUAAUCACACGGCUGCAGAUUUAUAUCUCUCCCCAACGUCGGCAUACUCCACUUUAAUUCCGGACAGUCAGCCUGCCUUGGUAAAUCAGCCUCAAAGACCACAGAAAUCUACUUCCCUCUCACUUUUUUACAAAAAAGUGUACUGGCUGGCUUAUAUACGAUUGAACAACUUAGCUUCACGUCUUCUCCCUGACCACCCAGACCUAGUUCAUUUGAUCUGGACGCUUUUUCAUCACACGUUGCAAAACGAAUACGAACUGAUGAAAGACAGGCACUUAGACCAGAUUAUGAUGUGUUCAAUGUAUGGCAUAUGUAAGGUGAAGAACAUCGAUCUCACAUUUAAAACCAUUGUGACAGCAUAUAAGGAACUCACGAAUACAAACCAAGAGAUUUUCAAGUGUGUUUUAAUCAGGGAAGGACAAUAUGAUUCCAUUAUAGUUUUCUACAACUUGGUGUUCAUGCAGAGACUGAAAACUAACAUUUUGCAGUAUGCUUCCAACAGACCUCCAACAUUAUCUCCUAUACCACACAUUCCUCAGAGCCCUUACAAGUCUAAUUCUCCUUUACGUGUUCCUGCGGGAAAUAACAUCUACAUCUCACCUUUGAAAAGCCCUUCCAAAUUCUCUGAAAGGCUGUUGUCCCCGACCAAAAUGACACCAGGAUCAAGGAUAUUGGUGUCAAUAGGUGAAUCUUUUGGGGCUACUGAAAAGUUUCAGAAGAUAAACCAGAUGAUGUGCAACAGCGAUCGCCACCUGAAACGCGGAGCAGAAGUGAGCACCGUGCCCAAACCUUUGAAGAGGCUGCGCUUUGAUAUAGAAGGGCAGGAUGAAGCAGACGGCAGGGAACAUCUCUCUGGAGAGUCCAAGUUCCAGCAGAAGCUUGCAGAAAUGACAUCCACUCGAACCAGAAUACAAAACCAGAAGCUAAAUGAUGGUGCUGACAUUUCUACUCCUGAUCAAAAGUGAAGUCCCCUGCAGGUCAUAUUUUGUGCACCGUGUGCUUUGCUAACUCUUCUGGGCCCCUUGACAUACAAAUCUUAGCUUGUCCUUUUAUAACCAGUAGCUAAUUUGAAGUAGUUGGGCUUUUUUACUUCUGUUUUUUCAACGUUUAUGCUAUUGAUGCAGCAUGUAUGCAAUAUUACAUACUCAAUUGUUAAUUUAUAUAAAUUAGGGUUUUUUUAAGUGAAAAAUUCUUUGCUUCCAAACACAGCAUUGCUGGUUUGAUACCAUUUUAUUCUAUUUAUACUGAACUCCUAUGUUUGGGAGAAACGAUGUUUGAAGUUUAAGUAGAAUUAGUCAAAAUGCACUAAUGCCAUUUUAAUAUUAGAAAUUGAUGCACUAUUUUCGUUUCUACAAAUUAGAAUCCAAAUACUGCAGCUUUUAAAAACGCAGUUCCCACAUUGUAUUCCACUGAGUCUCAGCUUAUAUAUGCAGAACAGUCUGCAGGAUUGAGCCCUACAACUAUGAAUAAAACUUGACAGUGAGUUGUAAACUUGUUGUCUAGCCAUACUACUGAAACAAAGAACCCUAUACCUCAUUAACAUUUCCAUCUUUUACCCUUUUAUAGUGUUAAAACAUGCACUUAUUUGUAAAUCUGUUAGCCUGAUUUCAGUUUUAUUACAUUAUUCUGAAAGUCAGAGUAGCAGCUCCUCCCUCUGCGUUACAAAAUACUCAAAAGUGCACUUUUCUGUCUACAUCAUGAACAAAGAAAGAGAUUAAAAUGCCGUAGAGCUAAAUGGCUCUAGGUGCAUUGGUUCCAUGCAAAUCAGUGCUUGGAUUGUAAACACUGAAUAUGUAAAGAAAUGAAAACUGAAACCCUGGGAUUUUACUAGCAAUAGGUUUAUUUAAGACUUUGGGUAGAAAGCUGCAAGUAUCCUAUUUUAUUAUGACUAUGUAUUCAAGAAAAUUCGCAACUGUACAUUAGAAGUAUUGUUCUGUAUACUAAUAAAUGUUAUUCCUUUAAGGAUUAAUAAAACAGUUUUUAAAAUACA